AUGACAAGUACACCUGGUCGAAGUCCAGGUUCUUUUCGUGGUUAUACAAAUGAACAAAAAACUUUACGGUCUAAACUUGAUUUAAUUAUAAAAUGGGGACGUGAUUUAAAAAGUAAUAUUAUGAAACAAUCAUGUAAAGCUUUACAAAUACAUAAUACUAAUACACGUGAAACAAUCGAUCAAAUUCAUGAUGAUUUAGAUGAUUAUAAACGUAAAUUAGAUCGUGAACUUGGUCUUAUUCAUGAUAUAUGUGAUGCAUUAGUAAUAGAUAAUCAAUUAACAAAUGGUGAUGAAGAAAAUCUUCAUGAUGAAAUUCUUGAAGCAUUACGUCGUUCACCAACAUAUACAUCACUUGAACAACAUAUAUUUGAUGAUCAACGACCACGUAUUCAUACAUCAGCUGUACCAUCAUCAUCUCAACAACAAAAUACGGAAGAUGAUAAUAGUCAAAUUAUUGAUGAUAGUGAUGAUGAAAUUAUUGCUUUAAGUGAUGACGAUACUCCAGGACGGUCGAAUAGUUCACCGAAAAAAGUUAUAUGGACUUCAUCAGAUAUUCAAAUAACAAGUGGUAAUUCUCAGUCACAAUCAUUACAUAAUCCUUAUCGUAUUGGUAUUGCUGAUCCAAGUAUACGAUCAAUAUUUUUACCACCACCAAAUUCUCAAACAAUGUCAACAUCAAGUGGAGGAAGUAAACGUUCUCAAGGUUCUAAUCGAAAAAUUUCACCAACAAAACGAACGACUGGAACUAAAUAA